CCGCCAGCGACAGCUGCAGGUAAUUCCGGAAAACCCUUGUCAUUGUCGAACAAACGCCCCAUUCUCAUUCUAGUUUACGAUCUUUCAAUCGCCGGCGAGCUCAGCCCCUUUCUUCUCACGCUGUCUCUUACACUUGUAAGUCGCAUUUUUUUUCCUUAGUUCCUCUUCUAAUGGAUAUCUCCCCGCAAACCCUAACAACUCUCUCCGAGUGGUUUCUUCUCUCCUUAUCUCCCCUCGCCGAGCCACGCCGCGCUUCCGAGUCCUCCCUCUCCGACGCCGCCAACCAGCAUGGUUUCUCCCUUGCUGUCCUCCGUCUCGUCUCCGAGCCCGCUGCCGACGAGCAAAUUCGCCUCGCGGCCGCCGUCCACUUCAAGAACCACCUCCGCUCCCGAUGGCCCCCUUCCUCUUCCUUCCCCAUCCGCGGUCCAGAGAAAACAGUGAUCAAGGAUCGCAUCGUUUCCCUCAUGCUCUCUUCUUCCCCUCGCAUCCGUAGUCAACUUAGUGAGUCCCUCUCCAUCAUUUCCUCUUACGAUUUCCCGCAAUCCUGGCCCAGCCUCCUGCCGGAACUAGUUUCAUACCUCCGCUCUGAGAAAGACUAUGCCAAGAUCAACGGCCUCCUCGGUGCGGCCAACUCAAUCUUCUCUAAGUUCCGCCACGCAUUUGAUACCUCUGCUCUUCGCCUCGACCUGAAGUACUGCCUUGAUGGUUUUGCGGCUCCUCUUCUCGAUAUAUUCCUCAAGACCUCUCAGAUCAUCUCCGGAAGCAUUGCAUCUGCGUCGCUAUCCCCUGAUGCCCUUCGCCUCCUCUUUGAGUCCCAGCGUCUCUGCUGUGAGAUCUUCUAUUCUCUUAACUCCAUCGAGCUUCCUGAGUUCUUUGAAGAUCACAUGAGAGAGUGGAUGACCGAGUUUCUGAGCUACCUCACCAACACAUACACAGCAGCCCUGGAGGCUGAUGGAACUGUUGAUGCCCUUCGCUCUGCAGUAUGUGACAAUCUCCAACUCUAUAUGGAGAAGAAUGAAGAGGAGUUUAAGGAUUACCUCAAGGAUUUUGCUGCUGCUGUCUGGAAUCUAUUAUUGACUCAGGCUUCUUCGCCCUCUCGUGAUCAGCUUACCAUCACGGCGAUCCGAUUCCUCACUACGGUCAGCACUAGUGUCCACCACUCUCUCUUUGGGAGUCCAGAAACCCUUCAGCAGAUUUGCCAGAGCAUUGUAUUCCCAAACAUACGGCUUCGGGAUGAUGACGAGGAGCUCUUUGAGAUGAAUUUUGUUGAGUAUAUACGUAGAGAUAUUGAAGGAAGCGAUGUGGGUACCAGGAGGCGAAUUGCCUGCGAGCUUUUGAAAGGGUUGGCCACAAACUAUAAGGAGCAGGUAAUAACAUUGGUAUCGGGUCAGAUACAGAAAAUGCUGGCAAUGUAUUCUGCAAACCAGGCAGAGAACUGGAAGGAAAAGGAUGCUGCAAUUUAUCUGGUGACCUCACUGGCAACAAAGGCAGGUGGAGAGGCUCAGCUUGUAGAUGUGGAAAGCUUCUUCACUUCUGUUGUAGUUCCUGAGUUUCUGGGGAAAAGUGUGAAUGAUGGAGGAAUUUUGCAGGCUUCUGCUUUAAAAUUCUUUACGGUGUUUCGUGAACAGAUUCCCAAGCACACAGCAAUUGCUCUCUUGUCAGACGUGAUAAAUUUUAUUCGAGCUAAUUCGAAUGUUGUUCAUUCUUAUGCCGCAAAUUGUAUAGAGAAGCUUUUGCUGGUAAGGGAUAGAUCUCCAGUGCAUGAAUCAGGUCCAAAUGUUGUGGCCUUGCAGCCACGGUAUGGUUCUUUGGAUAUUAAUCCCCACUUGGCAUCAUUAAUGAGAAAUCUUUUUGAAGCAUUACAGUUGCCCGAUUCGAAGGAGAAUCAUUAUAUUAUGAAGUGCAUCAUGAGGGUUCUUGAGGUUGCUGAUGUUAGUGGUGAUGUUGCUAGGCACUGCAUUGCUUUCCUCGUUUCAGUUCUUGCAGAAGUGUGUAAAAAUCCCAUAAACCCGGUCUUCAAUCAUUAUCUAUUUGAGGCAAUUGCUGCUUUAGUCCGGCGAACAUGUGAAAAAGAACCAUCACUGAUCACAGUGUUUGAAGCAGCACUUUUCCCCGUCCUUGAAAAUAUUCUAAGGAAUGAUGUGACUGAAUUUUGGCCAUAUGCAUUUCAGAUAUUUGCCCAACUUGUUGAGAUAAGCAGGCCGCCUCUCUCACAUAAUUACAUGGAGCUUUUCAAAGUUCUUCUCAUGCCACAAACUUGGAUGAGGUCCGCAAAUGCUCCAGCUCUGGUUCGCCUGUUGCGGGCAUACCUUCAGAAAGUUCCAAAUGCAGAACUUAACAAUGAGGGGAGAUUGAGUCAAGUCCUUUGGAUAUUCAAAAAGCUUGUCUCAAUAUCCAGCACUGAAGAUCUGGGAUUUUACGUGCUCAAUACUGUUGUGGAGAACCUUGGAUUUGACAUGAUUGGGCAAUAUAUUACUCAUAUCUGGUCUGUUCUAUUUUAUCAGCUGCAAAAUAGAUCGACUGUAAAGUUUGUGAACUCUCUUGUUGUAUUCAUGUCACUGGUUUUGGUGAAACAUGGUCCUGUUGUUCUCGUUGACUCCAUAAAUGCAGUUCAAGAUAACAUAUUUUUAGUUAUCAUAAAGAAUUUCUGGAUUCCGAAUCUAAAGUUGAUUUCAGGUUCCAUCGAAGUGAAAUUGACUUCAGUUGCCUCUACAAGAUUAAUUUGCGAGUCUCCCACUCUAUUAGAUGUUUCAACGGUUGAACUAUGGGGCAAGAUGCUUGAUAGUAUAAUUUCUUUGCUUGUCCAACCAGGGCAAACCAGAGUUGAUUUAGAAAAUGAAUUAAUGGAUGUUCCUGAAACUGUAGGCUACUCGGCAUCCUUUGCUCGCUUGCAUAAUGCUGGGAAGAAUGAGGAUGAUCCCUUAAAAGAGACUAAGGACCCAAAGGAAUUUCUGAUCAAAUCUAUUGCUGGACUAUCUGCACAUAGUCCAGGAAGAUACCCAGGGAUAAUUGAGAAGUUUGUGGAUCCAGUCAAUCAAAAUGCACUUAGUCAGCUCUGUGCUACAUAUGGCUGUGCCAUAGUCUAAGUUAGGAAGGAUUGAUGGAGUCUUUCUACCAUUAGUGAGGAAGUUAUGUAAGUUCGCACAUGGAAUUUGCUGGCCACUACAGUCAUAAAAUGAGCCUUAUUUCUUUGAGCAACGUAAAUCAUAGCACUGCUCUUUUGGAUUGGAACUUCUUGCUAAUACGGUUAGAGGCGAAAGAAAUGUUUGGAUCCUUAGCAAGUAGGACAUUCUAAAGGUAUGCAGCGAUCUCACUUCUGACUAUUAUGAUGCUUUCUGAGUUUGUUUUGUCCAUGUAGUUUUGAUUGAUAUUUAAAUGUAAGAGUAUUAAUUUAAAUAUCAUUUAAUUUAGAUAAGAAGUCAAUUAUUAUGUAGUGCUGGGAUGUAGUGCUGUUUCCCCCUCACCCAAAAAAAAAAAAAAAAUUUAUAGGUUGACCCUCGUUUCCUUAGAAGUGUCUUGUUUCAUCCAGCUUGUAUUUUUUCCGGUUGUUACUUGCAUGGAGCAAUAAUUAUGUUGUCUUCUCAAGAAA